CGCGCGAGCCUCAGCGAGGCGCUGCGAGGCCGUAUACCCCUCGCUCUGAGACACCUUUAGUAACAAAUAAAUACUGGUUAUACACGGUCAUGGAAAAGUUUAUCGAAGCUGUGCGCAUGCAGCCCUGUCUGUGGAAUCCUUUGGACCCAGAUUACAGAGAGAUGCACGUGAAGGACGAAGCUUGGACCACCGUUGUGGAGAUCUACAAUAACCGUUCUAUAGCAAAUAUUCAAGUAGCAAAAAUGGAAUGGAAAAAACUACGCGACAAUCACCGCGACGCGCUCAAACGUGCGAAAUUAGGCAAGAACAAGUUAUUACCCGCGCAGAUCACAACUUGGAAGUACGCAAAAGCAAUGCAAUUUCUAGAACCGCACAUGAAAUAUAGAAUAACAGAAAACAUAGAAAUAGAACCGUCGAAACACGACGACGUUUCAACUACAGUAGAUUAUUCAGCGAAACGACGUUGUAUAGAAAAGAGAAGUUUGGAAGAUGGCGCUCUAGAGUCAUUCUUCAAAUGCAUGUUACAGAGCACUAAAACCAUGCCAAACUGGAUGCAGACACAGGUUAAAAAGAAGAUAUUUAGCGUUAUCAUUGAGGCUGAAGAACAGCUUUCGUCUCAAGGUCAAAGUGAAGUUGCGAGUGAAUAUGAAGCAGAACAAACUAUUCCUUUAGGCAUUGUCAAGGCUGAAAUUCAUACAGAUAGUGACGAUUGUACUUAAAAUUCAGAUGGCAUUGUUAUAACAGCCUUCACAGUGGUCAACAGUGACGAUAUUAGAAAUAAAUAUUGUACGAUGAGGCAGUGCAGACAUAACAGCAUGAGACAUAAGAAUAAGUUUGAUAUGGCUGAUCACGGUUAUAAAGAAAAAUUACCAAAGAACUAAGGAGUCAUGCCAUGCCAGAUUAGGUUAUAACGAUGUUAAUUUUAAAAUAUUUGUAUAAGUAUUUCUUUUUGUUUUAUUUACGUAUGUAUAAAUCUUAACGAAUCUAGAUAUUGGUGAAAACUGCAAUAAACUCCGUGCAGUUUUUGAGUUUAUCUUGAUAGA